AUGACUCGUACUCUUCUGCUGUGCAGCUUGAUGUUUCUUUUGCCCAUAGAGUCGUGUAGGACAUUAUGUCAGGCUGCCAGCAAAAGCAAGGAGAAUGUGUCUGCCAGACCACAUGGUGUAUGUGAUGGUGUCUGUAUGGACAAUUCCCAUUGCAGUCAACCUUGCCCUCCAGGCACAGAGGGAAGUAUGGGGUUUACAUGCAAGACAAAGAAAUGGCACAAGAUCACUGACACCUGCCGGACUCUAAAUGCCUUCAACAUCUUUGAGGAGGAAUCGUAUUCAGUCCCACCAUUCAGGGAACAUGUAGAAAUACAUGCACAAUCAGGAAAUUCUGGAACUAUAGCAGAUAUGUUGAUGCAAAGAUGUCCAGAAGAUUUAUCUUGUGUAAUUAGAAAUAUUCAGAAGUCUCCACGUAUCCCGGGGAACAUCGCUGUUAUUGUGCAGCUCUUACACAACAUAUCAACGGUAUUGUUGACAGGUGUUGAUGAGGCAAAGAUGCAGAGUUACAGCAUCAUGGCCAACCAUGUUCUCAACAGCAAGAGUAUCUCGAACUGGACCUUCAUCCCCGACAGGAACAGUAGUUGUGUUCUGCUACACUCAGUGAAUGCCUUUGCAAAAAAGCUGCUUAUAAACAAGCUUAUUAAUAUAUCAGAUGUCUUCAUUCAUACUAUGGGCACUAUAAUAUCUGGAAACAGCACCGGAAAUAAUUUCUCCUUUUCAAUGAGAGUUAAUGACUCCAACAGUGAGAUCACUGGGAAAGUAUUGAUCAGUAGAGAUGAACUUCAGAAGAUUCCUUUGCCUUCUCAGAUUGUCAGCAUUGCAUUUCCAACUCUUGGGGCCAUCUUGGAAGCCAGUCUGUUGGAAAACGUGACUGUGAAUGGACUUGUCCUGUCUGUCAUUUUGCCCAAGAACCUUAAAAGUAUAUCAUUGAUUUUUGAAAAGAUUAGCAAAACCGAAGAAAGGAGAACACAAUGUGUUGGCUGGCACUCCCUGGAGAGCAGAUGGGAUCAGCAGGCCUGUAAAAUCAUUCAAGAUAAUGCCAAUCAGGCUGUUUGCAGAUGCAGUCCAAACAAGUUGUUUACUUCUUUCUCUAUUCUCAUGUCGCCCCACGUCUUGCCGAAUGCAACCCUGACUUAUAUCACAUACAUAGGCCUUGGCAUUUCUAUUUGCAGCUUGAUUCUUUGCUUGUCCAUUGAAGCUUUGGUCUGGAGCCAAGUGACAAAGACAGAAAUCUCGUAUUUACGUCAUGUGUGCAUUGUCAACAUUGCAGCUACCUUGCUAAUGGCUGAUGGGUGGUUCAUUGUGGCAUCCUUUCUUAGCGGCCCACUCACACACCACAAUGGAUGUGUAGCAGCGACAUUUUUUGUUCAUUUCUUUUACCUUUCUGUGUUUUUCUGGAUGCUUGCAAAGGCCCUGCUUAUCCUGUAUGGGAUCCUGAUUGUUUUCCACACACUGUCCAAGUCAGCCCUUGUAGCAUCUCUCUUUUCAGUGGGCUAUGGGUGCCCUUUGAUCAUUGCUGUUAUCACGGUUGCAGUCACUGAGCCAAACAAAGGUUACCUACGGCCUGAUGCCUGCUGGCUCAGCUGGGACAGGACCAAGGCCCUCCUGGCCUUUGUGGUUCCAGCUCUGGCUAUUGUGGCUGUGAAUCUGAUCACGGUCACUUUGGUGAUUGUCAAGACCCAGCGGGCUGCCAUUGGAAGUUCCAUGUUCCAGGAAGUGAGGGCCAUUGUGAGAAUCAGUAAGAACAUUGCCAUCCUGACCCCACUACUGGGAUUGACCUGGGGAUUUGGAAUAGCCACAGUCAUCACUGACAACUCCUUGGCCCUCCACAUUAUCUUCUCCUUGCUUAAUGCAUUCCAGGGCUUCUUCAUCCUGGUGUUUGGAACAAUCCUGGAUCCAAAGAUAAGAGAAGCCUUAAAGGGUCGAGUAACAUCUUCAAAAGGGAUCUCCAGAAUAUCAGAGGUUGUCCACUCCAAGAAUGGCAGAGUCCAAAGAAGAAAUGUGCUUGUUGCUAUCCUCUUGUCUCUGGAGAGUAUGAAGGAAGCCUCAACACCGUGGUGCUGA